GAAAGAGCGGCUUUGACAAGGACGGACGUCAUUUCAGAGCCCAAUCGCAGGCGUGAAAUCACGAAUUGACUAGCCCAAUCGCCAAUUGGGGCUGAGGGCAGUGUUGCGCCUAUCCUUGAUUGAUUGACAGGCAAAGGACCCGCGAGGAAGAAGAGAGAAGAGAAACACAUCCACACAGAGGCCUUAAUCAAGGAGGGGUGGGCUUUAUUUUUUGGGAAGUCUGAUUGGUCAAGGGAUGGAAGAUUGGCUUCACAGGAGGCCAAUAGGAAAACUGGGGUGAUUCUUCCGCUACAUCUUUUUACGAGCGUUUGGGUACUAUAUCUGAACUGGCUCCUCACCAGAGGCGGCUGCAUUUGGGGCACCUGCAGAAGCUGCGGCGGCCCUAGAAGAGAGGCGGCGACUGAAGACCAAGACCCAGUUUUUUCUGUUACUUAAAGCAGUUGCAAACAAAACGGUUUCCAAGCUCAUCUUUGCCAUCUUGGAAGCUGGAGACAUUUUGAUUUAUGUUUUGAUUCAUGAAAAUGGGAGGCCGGGGCACUCCUCGGCCUUUGGUAGCGCACAGCGUCCGCCACAACAGCAGCGGCUUGUCUUCCAAAUCAUGUAAAUGGCAUCAGCAUUUAUGGAUUAGGCAGGCAGGCAGGCAGGCAGGCAGAGAGCCCGACAGCAGGUGGAGAAAGAACCAAAGGCAGGACCAGCAAGGCUGUUUCGUUUCCAAAGCCAGGCCUGAAGCCCACUUGAAAUAGAUCUACAGAAUGGUUUUAUCCAACAAACGAAAACAACAGCAACCAAACAUGUCACCGCAGUUAAUGAACCGAAGUUUCGGAGGAAGCAGAGGAAAGAGACCACAGCUUUCUGCCUCUAAUUAUCCUGUUUGUGCCUCUGAAAAAAAGUGGGCUCUAGCCCACUCAAGUUGCAACAGUGCUCUACCGGGACUGCCUCACUGCACUGGAUUCUGGAUUUUGCUUUGGAGACAGCAACACAAUUUGCCUGACAAGCCAAUGUGGAAAGACCUGCUGGAGGAUCGCUGCUCCUACCAGUCACUCUAAACAAGUGUGUCUGAGAACCUACCCACUGAGGAGUUCUGCAAUGCUCACAGCCGUCUGUGGUUCUCUUGGCAACCAGUGUUCGGAGACACCCCGUUCCUCUCCAACCCACGUAGAGCUGCAGCCUCUGCAGACCUUCCAGCCCCACACCAGCCCGGAUAGCGGGGGAGAUUUCCCAUCCCCUCUGCAACCCACGGAGCUCCAGCACCUGCCUUUGGCUGGGCCCGACACGGAGUAUUCGGGCAAUGCUGGUUACGAGCUGCAUGGGGCUUCAAGGUUAGACCUGGACGGCGAAAGCCAGCUGGCCCCUGGCCCGUACUCUAAGCUCCUACAGGCAGCACCAGAUAUGGCUCACCACUAUGAACCUUGGUUCAGGCCUACCCAUCCGAGCAGCGGCGCUGACGAUGGUGGCAUCAAUCCAUGGUGGGAUCUCCAUGCUGGAUCCAGCUGGAUGGAGCUUCAGAGUAGUCUCCAGCCGCCGGGCCACACAGGUGGACUUCAGCCAGGGCUGGGUGGCUAUGGCGCUGCAGAACAUCAGCUCUGUGGCCCGCCUCACCACCUGUUGCCUUCAGGGCCACACCUCAUGGGCCAGGAAGUGAUCAAGUCCCUGGAUUCUACUCAGGAGCCCCACCCAAUGGAGCAGGCUGGGGAUGGUAGCGGUAGGCCAAAGAGCUCAAGGCGCUCCGUGACCCGGAGUUCUGGCCAAACCGCCUGCCGGUGCCCUAAUUGCCAGGAGGCCGAAAGGGUGGGCCAGUGCCCUGACAACUCCAAGAAGAAGCACCUCCACAACUGCCACAUCCCUGGCUGUGGCAAGGCCUAUGCCAAGACAUCGCACCUGAAGGCCCACCUGAGGUGGCACAGCGGCGACCGCCCCUUUGUCUGCAAUUGGCUGUUUUGUGGGAAGCGCUUCACCCGCUCUGAUGAGCUGCAGAGGCACCUUCAGACCCACACGGGAACCAAAAAGUUCACCUGCCCUGUUUGCAACCGGGUCUUCAUGAGAAGUGACCACUUGAGCAAGCACAUGAAGACACAUGAAGGUGCUAAGGAGGAAGGAGAAGGAGAGGCCAAAGCUGGGACAGAGCCUCCCGCAAAAGUCAAACGGGAACCAGACGGAAGCUCUUCGAGUGCAGCUUCCCAACCCAACUGAGCCUUUCUUCCUCGCCAUCUCUCCAUCAUGGUGCCUCCUGGCCUACUGACUUGUCCUCCUUGCUCAAGGCUCUGGGAUGACACGACACCCUCUAAGCCUGAACCUUAUCCUGUCCUUGGAAGGAGAAGUUAUUUAUUCCCUAGGAGGAAAGGACGAUGUUGUUGGGACACACUGGGAAGGGCCACGCCCUUGAGCAGCUUUCAGCUGGGUGUGUUGAGCGUGUGUUUGGGGAGUAUGGGAGGGAUAUUUUUGAAGGAUGGUCUUUGAGGUGGGUUGGGCUAAGUGGAAUCUUCUGG